CUGAAAGAUAUUGACGGACUCAGGGCAACAAUAAAAGUACAACUACGUAUCCUGACCUAUUUGGAGACGUUUAUACCGGAUUUAACUAUGAAGACAAAGACGUGCCUGUGAGUGUGGAUUUCAGCGACAUCGAGUGAAAAGCAGAUGUCACCGAUAGAGGAAAGCUGCUGCUCAUACACCCACACUGUGUUUCCUUUACUGAACCUCAUGAGACUGAACAAAUCACUUGACUGGGCAGCACAGCCUCAUGUACCACUCAAUGGAAAAUGAGGCUCUUCAAGGUCUUUGGUGUCAUGUAUUUGGCUGCUGUUUGUAUGGCACAGGAUCCUCUGGCUGUCACCUCCAUGUUCAAGGACAUUAUCCCAACCAGUGCACCAUCAAAUGUGACUGAGGCAAUCUAUGUCACCUCCAUGGACAUUUUCACAACCAGUCAACCGUCAACUGAGAGUCAGACUAUCUAUGAGCCUCCUGUCCCAUCAUUGUACUUGCAGUCACCCUGGUUGGAAGUCUUCCCUUCUGAGAAAGCGCAGCUUCGAUGUAGUAUCAACGACAGCACUGACUGGAGCUUCACCUGGUACAAAUCUGGGACUCAAGUGCAAGAAGCAGACCCCAAUUUGUCUUUUAAUUUGUCGCACGGUGCGGUGCUGACGAUCAUUGCAGCGUCACAAGCAUACUCUGGAAUGUAUAGGUGUAAAGGUCAUCACAAAGUAAAGGGCAAUUCCACCAACAGUGAUCCACUUCAGCUGAAAGUCUAUGCAAACAAGCCCAAUCCAACUUUGACCCAGAAUCCAAAGUUGGAACACAUGUACCCAGGAGAAUCGGUCACCUUCCUGUGCAUGAUUUACAACUCUUCUGGUUGGGACUAUAUGUGGUUCCAUAAUGACAAGGAAAUACAAGAAUCCAAUAAUCACACUUAUAGAAUAGAUUCUUUAGUACUAUCUGACAGUGGGCGGUACCACUGCAAAGCCAAAAGAGGAAAAAGUCCUUUCUACACGGAACAAAGUGAAACAUCAACCCUGCAGGUUUCUGAACCACCAACACCAACUCUGAAGCUUGUGACUUCCUGGUUAGAUGUGUUCGAAAAUGAGACUGUAGAGCUAACUUGUGAUAUGGACAGCUCGAACUGGACAUUCACUUGGCACAGAAAUGAAAAGGCACUCCUGCAAGACCCUGCGCUGGAUCUGAGCGCAGGAGGCUCUCUUCUCAAUAUCACCUCAGCUUCUCAAGCUCUCCAAGGAAAAUAUGCUUGCAAAGCACACCACGAGUUCAGGGAAGUCACCUCCGUAUUCAGCAACACUGCGAUUGUUCAAGUUUAUGGAAAUACCCCGAAACCAUCACUGAGCAAGGAUCCUGUCUUGAACUCAAUGUAUGUUGGAGAAAACACCACAUUCACCUGCAACGUUGAUGUGGCAACAGAUUGGGAGUACCAGUGGUACAAAGAUGGAAAGCAGCUUACUGUCCAAGACAAAACCCUCCAAAUCAACCGCCUCAGUCCUCAUGAUGGAGGGACUUACUGGUGCAAGGCCACCAGAGGCCAAAGAACAUCCACUUACAUCAGUGACAAGAUGACUCAGGAUGUUCUUGAAAUUCCUGUUCCAUCUGUGGCACUCAGCACUCAAUGGGCAGACGUGUUCCCCACUGAGAGUGUGACCUUGAGCUGUGCAAUAACAAAAAGUUCAGACUGGAUGUAUACAUGGCAAAGAAACGGUCAGGUGAUCCAAACAGAUGGGAGUGUGUCUUUUGGGUCGGAUGGAACUACUCUGUCCAUUGUCUCUGCUGCAGCCCGUCACCAAGGGCAAUACAGCUGCUCAGGAAAGCUUAAAAGCAGGUCUGUCAGCAGCAGCCUUUCCUCUGGAGUAGCAAUCAGUGUCUAUGGCUACAAACCCCAAAUUAUUCUGGUGCAGGACCCUGACUACACGUUAAUGCACACUGGAGACUCAGUCUCCUAUAGCUGUCACAUCAACGUCUCCUCUGGAUGGGAGUAUCGGUGGUAUAAAGAUGACACUCCACUUACUGUGUCUGGAAAUAACUACACCAUAAGUCCUGUGGCGAUAAGAAACACUGGAUCGUAUCAAUGUCAAGCAAUAAGGGGGAGAACCACUGGUAUCUUCGAGACGGAGCAAAGUCUGGCUUCAAGGCUCCAAGUUGAAGAGCGUCCAUCAGCAAAUAUAAUAGUCUUAACCGGCUGGUCUGAGGUCUUUUCCACUGAUAGUCUCGUGCUCCAGUGUGAGGUCAAAGGCAGUAAGGACACAUGGAACUACACAUGGUUCAUGAAGGGACAGGGGAUUGUGAACUCAUCUUCUGACAAAUACACAGUUACUCCCCAAAAUGACCCCGAGCAGAGUCAAUACACUUGCCAGGGGAUUCGCACCGGGAGACCCUCUUACUCCACAAAAAGCGAUUCUCUCACGACAAAGAACCUUUUGUUGAAGAGGCGAGUGCUUCUUUCUAUAUCUGGCUGUAUCUUCUUCGGCAUUGUUGCCGUUUUCUUCGGCUGCAUUAUUCUAAAAAUCACCAGGAAAACAGAGGACGAUGAAGAGAGGCCGGAGGAGGGCGAGCUGUUCCUCACCAUGGCUCAGCUGAAGGAUCGUGUUGAUGCUGCUUGUCUAUUGGUUGAUUACAUCACAGAUACAGAACUGAAUGCUCCAGCAAAAGAGAGCGAGGACAUUACGUGCAGUGAAACAACACAGCUACCUGUAAUCUCACAGGAAGACCACGCUGUGACGACGGAAAGCACUGAUAAACCAGAGGAGGAUGGUGCUCUGCUUUCCUUUCAACACUGAGCCACCAAACAUGUCUCCCAAACAUGCAGGAAGUCAGAGGGCUUCAUCAUCCUCACUUUGCAGCCAGCGUUCACCAAGGCCUUGAGGCCCUCUACUAUCUCUGGCUCUUCCCACUCAAAGAGGCGGGAGCAAAAUAUACACAGACGGACCUUUUUGCGCUGCUGGAGGACGUUGGCCAGCUUAGCAGAACAAGCCACACAGGGACUAGAAGACAUGUACCAUGUGACAUCAUAUUCCUGGGAGGUGUUACUGUUAGGGAGCACCUGGAAAGGUAAGAGUGUGGAGGCAAGGAGGAGACAAGCAUAAGAAAAGAGCAACACCUCUCAAAUGCUUCAUGUGUAUCAGCAUGGACAGCUGAGGCUGCAGCAAAUUACUUGCUGAAAGAAAGCCUCUUCGGCGUGAGCUGUGGCAUGUUCAUCCUCCAGAUAACCUUUCAAAGGCUCUGUGGUGCCUCCUGGCGUGUCCACUCUGUAGCACAGCAGGGUCUUGUUCCUCCCGGAUGAGUACUCCACAUUCCUGAACUGGAACUUGAAGUAGAACGGGCUCAUCUGUUCCCUGGUAGGAAGUAAAAAUGCCUAUAAAUCCAUGAUCGCAUUGCAUGGUUUCGUUUAAGAAAAGUGUUUUAUGUGACUAUGCACCAAUAAAUUGGAGGUUCUGUUGCCUGAGGAAAUAAAUCAUUGCAAUGUGCAAUGUGUGUACUGUCCAAACAUGUCCAACAAGCAAAAGGAUAACACAGAAAACACAUACUGUAUUAAUCAGUGUGUUACUGUCUGGUGCACAAAUAACUCCAUAACAUCCGUGACUCAGCCCCAUUCUUACUGCUGGUUUAAAGAGACAGCAGGUGCAAGUGUCUGGCGUUCUUCCUCACUGAAAUCAAUAGAAUAUGUACGCAGAAAGACGAGAAAUCCGCCAAGUAACCGAACAGCUUACCCACCCUGUGACGAUCUCAAACGGCGGCAGUUCGAAAGGCACGAACUCUCCGUUUCCAUCGCUUUUCUUCACCUCUUCGCCUGCUGCCCCUCCAGCUUCCCCAUUCCUCUUCUCCUCUUCCACCAGAGCAGGAGCUUUCUCUGGCUCUUUCACAACUUUGUCCUGCUGCUUUUUCCCACCUUUUGUCUUUUCUUUCUCCUUCUCAUCAGUGGGUUUGUUUUCCGUUUUCUUCUCCUUCCGCUUAACACUGACCCGGCUGUUUCUGUCUGCCAUGAUUUUGUAGCAGCAAGUGAGUGUUGGAUGAGGAGAGAGGGAGAGAGAGUGGGUGCAAGUGGAGUGAUAACCCAAGUGCAUCAACAGAAAUAGAAGCUAUUGUGACCUGAGUCAUAUCGAGUGAAUGUCUGGCUGGGGCAGGCUCUCUGAACCCACUCCCCCCUCUGUCCAUGCCCUGGAUGCUGAAAGGGAAAGUGAUAACAAGACUGAGCGUAUUGAAUGGCAAAUAUAGGACAGGGCUGAAGAAACUAUACGGACAAAAGCAUUUAGCCACACCACUCAAGGGUUGGGCUUGACCCUUCAGUUCCUGCUACUAAUUAUUUCUUCCUCUUAUCAAGAGACUUUUUUGCUUCCCUUGUGCACAAAGGAAGAUCCACAAACCCACAGUUGGAUGAGUUUUGUGUAGAAAAACCAGCAGUCUAACUUCAAUCCCUUCUUUUGUGAUGGACGACAACAAAGACGGGCCCUCUCUCAGGUCAAACACCAGUGACCUCUGACCUCAGAAAUGGACAAAAGGUCCAGCAGACACUCCAAAAUCUUCUCCAAAGUCGAAGACGCUGUUAUAGCUGCAAAGAAGGGCCCAACUUCACAUUUUUGGCUGUACAGUGCCUCUAGGUGUCCCGGUAUAGUGUUCUUGUCUUUAUACAAUGAGUGACUAAAGGUGUGACCCCUGAAACAAAACAGUUGCCGUUCAGCCCCCACCGCCAAUCUCCUGUCAGCAGGUCAACAACAGGCAGGUUAUUAAUAACACAGCCGGACUGUUUAUGCAUGUGUGUGUACAGGGUUACCAAGGUUCUCUUGAUACAGAACACCACUUUUGUUUUUGCCAACUCUACUGUCCUGCAGCACUAAGCAAUAAGCCAACUAAGCCCCCAUCCCCCUAAAUAGAGCCUGGCUGGGCGCUGUGCUGUCCACACAAAAAUGAUGAGUGGGAUGACUGUGUCUCUGUGUCAUGAAUAGGAAAAGGCAUGCAUUGCAGCAUGGCCCGGUGUGCAUGUGCCAUCCAUGAAAUCACCUCACAUCAAUAUGGUCCACAGAGUGGGGGAGGGGAAGAAUUGCUUUUGCAAAUGCAUGUGUAUGUGGCUCCCUGCAUUGCAGAUGUAAUAACUUGGCAUGAGGAGAUUACGGGAGAGGGCAGGGGCGUCCAAUUACAAUUUCCUCCCAUCCCUCAGCCUCACUCUGGGCCAAGUAAUUCAUUUGAGAGGCAAUUACCAAUAAGAGAGCAGCAUAGCCGGCUGGUCUAACUCAAAUGGAUGAGCUGUCACAGUCUGGUGGGUGGAGAGAGAGCGAUACUGAGACUCUUGAAGCUGCACAGAUAAUCAACAACACACUCAUGGGAUUGAGCAGCAAACAAACAAAUCAUCACGGAUAUGAGGACGCACAGGUGAAAGCAGUGCCAUGGCCGAAAGCUAAGUGUGAAAUAUAAGAGAUAUUUCAUUGCUUGAUGCUUAUUGAGACACUUCUCUUGUGCAGUUUUUAACAAAAGCCAGGCAGGAUUAGAGAUAUGUAAUCCCACUAACAGUCUCUGUAAUCAGUUCUAAUGGAAUUUCCUCAAAACUUGUCAUUCUAGAUUGAUUCAUGUGAUUCAUUAUUGUGUGUCUGGUUGACUGCAGGACAAAAAAGGAUGGAGAUUGUGGUUGCACGAGCGUACCUGCAAUUAAAACCCCCACACUCUGAAUGCAGACAAACGCACAGAGGUUGUACCCCAAAAUAGUGCUCUGUAAAGUUGUUUUCGGACAAAGCAGAAGCAUCUAUUGUAGCACAAAACUCUUGCAGCUACAAUUUCGGGGGAACAUUUGGGGCAUAAUGUAUUCAAAAAUAGUAUUUUUGAAAUGACUUCUUCCAUCGCACAAAGUGAAAACAAAGGAUUGGAAGAAAAAAAUGUACAAAUAGCAAAGGGCAAGCCAGAAAAAUGAGCACCAAAUAGUACACCUUUAAAGAUAGCCACUAUCUGCAUACUAUAUUCCUGUAUUUUAUUAUUAGAAUAGAAGCAUUAUUUACUGACAAACUAAUUUUUCUGGCUUAUGCCCCACUCCUCAACAGGUUUUUGUUUAAUGAUCAAAGUACUACACUGUAGAAUAGAAAGUACAUGUCAUUUAGAAACUUAGCUGGAGAUGCACUUCCAUAUAGUUGGACAUUUAAAAACUAUAAUAAAAAUGUCAAAUCAAUUAAUUUGUCCUUGGUUCUUAAAGAAUGUCUUUGGGGAUAAAGAUGGUGUUCAGAAACCAAAACAAUGCAACAGAAUGCCUCUAGAAUAUAAAGGAGGCCUCAGCUUUGAAGAAGGUUAAUCCCACCACAACUGACUGUGUUUUUCAGUGUACCAAGAA